AUCGGUGAUUGCGUCACUAGCUUCCAAUAAAAAUCCGGGUCGUGUCAUAAUCAUUUUCCAGCAUUUUCCCCAGUGUUUAGAACGAAAAUCUGCGAGCAGAAACAAACCUGUUUUCCUCUAUCAAAAGAAAUAUUGUUGGCAUUAAUUUCCAGUUAUGGUGUUAUCAUUAACAAAAUUGGCCAAGCUGGAUCAAAACGUCAAAAAGCAUGAAGAAAAGACGUCGGAAAAAGUCGGGACAAUGUCAUUGUCAAUGUCUCGAUUCAGCAGCAGUAAACUCUCCGCCGAUGUCGCCGCCAUGUUGGAGUCCGGCAAGCAUUACAUAUUUCAGCUUAGCCGAGAAUCUCAGUGGUAUUCCUGAUGUUCCUACGGGAAGCGGCCAGGAGUUUGUCCUAGAGGACAUCAAUGAAGAAAUCGAUACAGACGGCGUAUUUGCAUCCUUCUUGAAAGCUGAUGAUACUGAAACAGGUGUCGGUGGUAGAGGGGAUAAGAAAUUCCUGCGAUUUGUCCACCCCUUGACGGACAAUCGCAAGCUGGUCUGGGAAACGGCUCUGUGGAACAACAGGCUCUACAUUCAAGUGCCGACCGAUUUGGCCAAGCAAGGAAGCAGAGACAGCUUAGUGGCUCUGCUCGAUGCCGCAGAGGAACACCUCGGUUGCACCCAAGUCAUCAUUUGCCUGCCCCGGGACAUCGUCGACAGAGCGCAGCUCAUCCGGACGUUCAAGUUCAUGGGAUUUGAGCUGGUGCCCCCAGGCCACCCCGAGUUACCGGGCUCGCCCGAUUUCCUCUUCAUGGCCUAUGACAUUUAAGCAAAUACAGCAGGUCGAAUUUCCAAUCUCGGCUGUUGUUUAAUAAUCAGAAGGAAUCACUUGACAUCCGUUACAUCUUGACUUGAAAAAUGUAAGGCUACUUUCACAGGGCAACAGUUAAGGAGUGAAAAUGGGGAAAAUAAGUUCAUUUGUCUUGUGCCAGACCAUUGUUAAGAAUGUAGUACAAUGUAUUGAGAGAAUAGAAAUUGGAGCUAAGCGUAGGAUAUUUUACCCAGUGAAUAUUUGACAAGGUGUUGGAUAUGAAUUUCCAAUCAGAUUGUAUUGCCACUUGACAGAGUAUCAAGCAUAAAUAGGUUUCGAUGUUAAAUUUACUGGCGUUUCCAUUCUAGUGCAGAUCACAGGAAUAGGCCUAUAACUUCAGUUUCUCUGGUCAAAUAUUUAGGAGUCAUCUAGGAUAUUUAGGAUACAUCUAGGAGAAAAUAGUUCCUGCUAGGGUUUAUUUUGUUUAAUAGUAUACAAAUAAUGAAUGUUUAUGAGUGCAAUGGUAAGAGUAAUUUCAUGAGGUGACAGGUAGACUGUUCCAUUCCACGAGGCAAAUGAAUUUAUUCUUUCCAUUGCACAAAUGUGAAACAUUAUUUGCUUCAUACAAUGCUUGAAUAAAUCCUUGUCAUCUGAGCCUUCAGAGCCGAGUUAUAGCGCUACCAAUAGUAUGACUGUGCAGUGGAACUUUCUAUUCACCGUGGAAUGGAACUUCUAUUUUUACGGCGCGACCAUGCCAUGGGUUUGGUGAUCAACGAUCCACCAAUCAGAUGACGGGGAUUUAUUCAGGCGUUGUAUAAAAAGUGAUAUCCCUGAGUGAGAUUCAGUUAGACCGUCGUUGAAAAUUUCCUCUCAACUUUUCCAGGAUUAUUAUUGAAAUCUCCCCAUAUUUGACUGUACUGCAUUGCAUGUGAAACGGAUUUCACAAGAUAAAGUUUAAAAUUCUGUCAACUGACAGUGAGAUUAGUGCAGUUUGUUAAGAAUUUGUUGUUUUAUUUUAAUGUAUUUUAAUGUAUUUUCUUUACCCGAGUAUGAUUUGAAAGUUAGUUAGGAAAAAAAAAACAUUUUGUGAUGUGUUAAUGCUAUACAUGUAUGUAGUAACUUUCUUUUAAUGUUUUAAUUAAUUAAUAAUUAUUGCCUUAAAAAAUCAGGAUUAGUUUCGGUGGUGCUACAUGUUAUUGUACCUUUGCUUUGGUUUUGGAGCCUUGAUUUCUCACUAUUCAUUUUCGCCAGUGUGUAUUUCAACAUUUAAUUCUUAUUAUUUAUAACUUUAUUAAAACAGACCAAAGUUAAUUUGACAAAAAAAGGUCUACCCAGACUUUGUUAAACUCCUUUUUUUGUGUGUACAUAAAUCUAACAUAUUUGUUUCACACCAAACCCAAACGGAAUAUUGUACUUUUGAAGUUUGGGUAGAAAUUUCCAUGAAAAUUAUUUCUUCAGUUACAUGUACA